AUGUGUGAGCGCAGUCUCUACAGAGCGGGCUAUGUGGGCUCGCUUCUAAAUCUGCAGUCGCCUGAUUCCUUUUACUUCUCCAACCUGAGACCGAAUGGAGGCCAGUUGGCCGCCCUUCCCCCCAUCUCUUACCCGCGCGGCGCGUUGCCCUGGGCCACCACGCCCGCCUCCUGCGCCCCAGCUCAGCCUGCCGGCGCCACAGCCUUUGGCAGCUUCUCUCAGCCCUACCUGGCCGGCUCCGGGGCUCUUGGCCUGCAAUCCCUGGGCUCCAAGGACGGACCCGAAGAGCAGCCCAAGUUUUACACGCCUGACGCUGCUGCAGGGCCUGAGGAGCGUGGUCGAGCUCGGCCGCCCUUCGCCCCUGAGGCUAGCCUGGCCCCAGCGGCCGCUGCUCUCAAAGCCGCCAAGUACGACUACCCCGGAGUGGGCCGUGCGGCGCCAGUCUCCGCGGCCUUGCUGGAGGGGACCCCCUGCGCCGCCAGCUUCAAGGACGACGCCAAAGGCCCGCUCAACUUGAACAUGACAGUGCAGGCGGCGGGCGUCUCCUCUUGCCUGCGACCUUCGCUGCCCGACGGCCUGCCGUGGGGGGCGGCCCCGGGGAAGGCCCGCAAGAAGCGGAAACCUUACACCAAGCAGCAGAUUGCGGAGCUGGAAAACGAAUUCCUCCUCAACGAAUUCAUCAACCGGCAGAAGCGCAAGGAAUUGUCCAACAGGCUGAACCUCAGUGAUCAGCAGGUCAAAAUCUGGUUCCAGAACAGGCGUAUGAAGAAGAAGCGUGUGGUGCUGCGCGAGCAGGCACUGGCACUAUAUUAG